AUGCCUCACCAAUCUCAUCGUCGUUCAAGUACUUCUAUCGUUAGCGCACGACGUCUAAGUGGGCAGCAUGUGAACCCAGAAGUCUCAGAACUAACUUUACUAAAAGAAGAACCUCAUACAGGUGACCAUUUUCUAUCGCCAGCUCAAUUAGAAGUAGUUUAUCGAACAAAUGUUAAAGAUGGUCUAACGGAAACUUUUGCCCAAGAAUUGUUAGAGCAUUAUGGACCUAAUCAAUUAAAACAACUUAAAGGUAAUAGUUAUUGGAAAAUUUUUCGUCAUAAUCUAUUUGGAUGGUUUCAAUGCGUUCUUUGGGCAGGUGCUAUUUUAAAUUUUAUUGGAUUCUUUUUUUCUGAACAAAUUGAUUCUGGAAGCGAUAGUCAUGGCCACUCUGGUAAAGAUUAUUUGUAUCUCGGUUGCGUUAUAACAGCUACUAUUGUCGGUACUGGGCUUUUUGGGUUCUAUCAAGAAGCUAAAAAUAUGGCUGUGAUGAGUGGUUUCGAAAAAUUAGUUCCGCCAAAUGCUACCGUUAUUCGGGAAGGUGUUAAGAAGAUCAUUCCCAAUAAUGAAGUGGUAUUAGGUGAUAUUGUUGAAAUGUCUGGUGGAGAAGUAGUGCCUGCCGACGUUAGAAUUUUAACUUGUACAAAUUUUAAAACUGAUAUGUCAUCAUUGACAGGAGAAUCCGAGCCAAUUGUACACAGACCAGAAUGUACUAAUGCAAAUCCCUUAGAAUCCAAGAAUAUGGUGUUUUUUGGGUGUCCUAUCACUGAAGGUACUGCGAAAGGUGUCGUAAUUGCUACAGGAGAAUUGACACAAAUGGGAAAAAUUGCAGGUUUGGUCACGGGCCUUGAAAAAGAAGAAACGCCUAUAGCUAAAGAAAUAACACAUUUUAUUAAACUCAUAUGCUGUGUUGCAUUUACUUUUGGUUUAUUAUUUUUUGUAAUGGUAUACUUUAUCCAACAUAGUUGGUUAGCAGCAUUACAAUAUAUGCUUGGGAUUAUAUUGGCAAAUGUACCUGAAGGUUUAAUAGUGACGCUAACUGUUUGUAUGACUUUGUCUGCCAAUCAGUUAAAGAAAAAAAAUUGUCUAGCUAAAACCUUACAAGCUGUUGAAACUUUAGGUUCUACUUCUUGCAUAUGUUCGGAUAAAACUGGAACAUUAACAGAAAAUCAAAUGAAUGUCUCACAUUUAUUUUGUGACUUUACAAUAUAUGAUAAAAACGAUCAUGCUCACGUGUCUGACCAUGCUUAUGCCACAUUAAGCUUAGCAGCAUCUCUAAAUUUAAAAGCUACCUUUGCGCAUGACACUCUUAAAUUACCAAUAGAGAAACAAAGAAUAAUUGGAGAUGCUUCAGAGUCAGCGAUACUAAGGUAUAUGGAAAUCAAUAGGUCUGCAACACAAACACGUGAAGAAAAUCCUACAGAAGCCGAGAUUCCCUUUAGUUCGGCUUAUAAAUACCAAAUAACAAUACAUCGAAUGAAAGCUACACAAAGCUAUUAUUUAAUAAUGAAAGGUGCUCCGGAAAUUGUAAUAGAAUUCUGUACAAAAAUACUUACAGAUAAAGAAGAUCAAACUAUGACGCCACAGGCAAAGAAGGAACUAAAAGCUAAUUUUAUUAAGUUAGCAAAUAUGGGAGAACGUGUCAUUGGUUAUUGUGAUUAUAAAUUGCCAAUAGAUAAUUAUCCGUUAGGGUAUAAAUUUGAUACUCAACAGCGAAAUUUUCCGGUCGAAAAUUUAAGAUUUCUAGGUGCAAUUUCAAUGAUAGAUCCUCCCAGACGUGAUAUUGAUAAGUCUAUUGCGCUUUGCCGCCAAGCUGGAAUAAAAGUUAUUAUGGUGACCGGUGAUCAUCCCGUUACAGCAUUGGCUAUCUCUAAGCAGUGUGGCACUAUAACUCAGCCAACGGCUUAUGACUAUGCUUUUGAACAUCACAUAGAUCUAUCUGAUGUUCCGACGCACAUAAAACAACAGUUCCGUGCUGCUGUAAUCACUGGUGACGAAUUACGAAAAAUGAGCGUUAAUGAUUUGAAAAUGGCUCAAAAGAAAUUUGAUGAAAUAACUUUUGCCAGGACGAGUCCACAACAAAAAUUGAUAAUAGUGGAGACAUAUCAAGCUUUGAGUCAUGUCGUUGCAGUAACAGGAGAUGGAGUUAACGAUUCUCCAGCCUUAAAGAAAGCAGAUAUUGGAAUCGCAAUGGGUAUUACUGGGACUGAAGUAUCAAAACAGGCCGCCGAUAUGAUAUUACUUGAUGACAAUUUCGCUUCAAUUGUAUUAGGCAUACAAGAAGGCAGACGCAUAUUUGACAAUUUGAAGAAAACCAUUGCAUAUACUCUUACCUCAAAUACACCUGAAAUGUUACCAUUUGUGGUAUAUGCGUGCUUAGGCAUGCCUUUGCCUAUGACAUUAAUUCUGAUUUUAGUUAUUAAUGUAGGUACAGACUUAUUACCUGCAAUGAGCCUAGCUUAUGAGACUUCAGAACAAGAUAUAAUGUCAAUUCCUCCUCGCAAGCCAACUGACCAUCUUGUAAAUAAUGUGCUCAUAUUCAUGGCGUAUUUUCAAAUAGGACUUAUUCAAUUUUUCGCCGGAAUGUAUGCUUACUUUAUAAUAUUUGCUCAAAGUGGUUUUUUUCCAUCCACUUUAUUCUUUAUUCGCAAAGAAUGGGAAUCACCAACAGUUACUGUUAAGGACACACUGGGCCGUCUUUGGUAUUUUGCUGAUAGAAAAAGAGUAGAACGAAAAGCACAAACCGCAUAUUUUGUUGCUAUUUGUUGGACUCAGGUAUCGGAUAGCCGGCCAGAACGCUGCCAAUCAACUAAUUGCAUCGCGUGCAUCGACUUUUCGGCCCUCGAUAAUAAUAGGCAUUUUAUUGCCUGUAAUGGAGUCUCUAGGGCCACGGUUAAUGCUCGCCGUUUGGUUACAGUCCUUGCUUUUAAUUUAAAUUAA